AUUACAGUAGAACUCCAAUUAUCCGAACUCCGACUAUCCGAAUCGCCGAUUAUCCGAAUCACAAAAAAUUGUCCAAAAAAAGUCUAAGUGCGCUAUUAUUCUUCCCCCCGCGAAGCCAGUGUUUGCGCGUCAAGUCUUGACUUGACUUGUCUUAACUUGCCGUUGUGCCUACACUGACUUCCCCCCGCGAGGUCGGUGUAGGCACGGCGGCAAGUUAAGACAAGUUCCGGCGCAUUGCAGUCACGGCGCACCUGUCAUUGUUUGUUUUGAUUAGCCAGUGUGCUAUUGACCUUGCUCCAGGACGCUACUCUUUCGCUACGGCUUACUUUUGUUUGUGCGUGUACAAUACUGUAUUGUUUUUAUACCAUGGCUUCGAAAAGAAAACGUGUUGUGCUAUCGUUAGCGGACAAACUGAAAAUUAUAGAGCAACUCGAUAAAGGUGUAACGGGUAAGAAGUUGUCUGAGAUUUAUGAUGUUGGACAAGCAACAAUUUCUGACAUUAAAAACAGUAAGUCAACACUUUUAAACUUUGUUUCGGUGCUUGAAAAUGAAGAUGGAAGUUCCUCCAGGAAAACAAUGAAGUCAGCAACCAACAAAAAUUUGGAAGAUGCCGUGUUUAAAUGGUUUUUGCAGCAACGUUCUAUGGGAAAUCCGAUUUCAGGUCCAAUCCUUUGUGAAAAAGCCAAAAUCUUAGCAGAAAAGCUUGGUUAUUCAUCUUUUAAGGCUAGUAACGGCUGGCUAAGGAAUUUUAAAUUCAGGCAUGGUGUACGCGAGUUAGAUUUGGCUGGUGAGAAGCUUUCAGCAGACUCUGCAGCUGCUGAAAAUUUUAUUGAAAAAUUUAAAACUGCAUCAGAAUCCUAUGAUCCGGAGUUUGUUUAUAAUGCCGAUGAAACUGGCCUUGUUUGGAAAGCAUUACCAAAAACCACUUUGGCUUCUAAAAGGGAAUCUAGUGCCCCUGGACAUAAGGUCAGUAAAGAACGUGUUACAGUGCUUAACUGUGCCAACUCCACUGGAAAUCAUAAACUGCCACUUCUUUUGAUAGGAAAGUCAAGAAAUCCAAGAGCAUUUAAAAACGUAAAAAAACUUCCACUCUUCUACAAAAGUCAACCCAAGGCCUGGAUGACUGCAGCUUUGUUUACCGAAUGGUAUGAUGAAGUGUUUAUUCCUGAAGUGAAAAAGCACCAAAAAUCGGUGGGAAUAGAAGGCAGUAAGGUGCUUUUAAUUGUUGAUAACGCACCCACUCAUCCUACAGCAGAACUGUUGGAAAGAGAGAAUGGGCAGUUUAAAACGACGUUUUUGCCUCCCAAUGUUACAAGUUUGCUGCAACCCAUGGACCAGUCUGUUAUUGAAACAAUGAAGCGCCAUUACAGAAGGCAACUGCUGAGAAAACUGCUGAUCGAAGGUGCUGAAGAUGAAGAAUUGGUUUUGGCAAAUCAUAGCAAAAUAAAUUUAAAGGACUGCUGUUACAUGGUAGCGGAAGCUUGGAGUUUGGUUACGGCAGUGACGCUAAGACGUGCGUGGAAUAAACUGAAAGGCCUACCGUCUGAGAAGAACAAAAAAAAAGAAUCUGAAGAAAAUGAGAAACAAGAAUAUGGAGAGGAUGAUGAUGAUGAAGAUGCGUUGUCACUAGAGGAAAUAAGAAAAAUGAUUGUAAAAAUUCCUGGUUGUACAGAAGUAAGUGCUGAAGAUGUAGGAGAGUGGAUGGCUUGUGACACGUCUGACCCUGGUUUUCAAAUUCUCAAUGACGAUGAAAUUGUUGUAAGUGUGAGAGAAGAUGUUGAAGUGGAAGAAGAACUUUCUGCUGAUGUUGAAGUAGACGCUGGACCAUCAGCUAGUGAAGCAUUUGCCGGCCUCGAGACUGCUUUGAAGUGGAUGGAGCGUCAGCCCGAGUGUGACCACUUGCAACUGCUUACCGUCAAGCGAAUGCGUGACCUGGCUGCCCGAAAACGGUUGAAGACCGCAAAACAGCUUACAUUAACGGAGAUGUUUAAAAAACAAUGA